CCGCCGCUGGAUUUCCUCCCGAAUAGCCGAAAACAGAAACCCGAUCCCGUUCCCCGACCCGCACAGAACAGAGAGGAGGUCGUCCCGCCGCCGCCACUCGAUCCGCCACUGACGUGCCUCCUCCGCCGCCGCGGCCACGGACGGAGGCUAGCCCGAGCAGCUACCGCACGUCCCUGCUCCGGUGCCCCCGCCGCCCCCCAUUCGAUCUCCCGGCGCGCGGACACCGGCGAGCUCCGCGGCGCCGGCGCAGCUGGCCUGAGCCCGAGCAGGAGCAGCAACUCAUCCCGCUGCCCUCGCCCAAGCCGUUGGCCGUGAGCCCAGCCUCCUCCUCAUCCUGGAAAGCAGAAUCCAAGGAGCUACCAACAGACAUCGCUGAAGCUAGUCGACGCCUCAACAACAGUAAAGCUUGGAUUAAUUAUUAAACAAGAUCUAGGUCCUCUUUGUCGCGAAGCAAGCAAACAAACAAACAAUGGGCUCAUUCUUGCUUACUUGAUCGACAUCGUUUGCUCCGGAUUUGGUCCUGCACAAGCGUGCUUAAGGGAAUGUUCACCUAGUUGUGGAAGAGCCGGUUAAGGAGAGGGAGCUCCGUUUUGUGGCUCGGCUCACACCAACGCACACCCCCUCUCGGUUUCCCCUGCGCCUCCGGUGACCGCUUCUUCUUCGACUCCGGCAUAGCCAGAGGAGCAGUAGGAGGAGUGUCGGCAACCAGAUGGCGUCCGGCUUCGGGUUCCCGAUACUGUCACCAGCGGAGAUCGCGGAGCAGCUGUUCCAGUACGGGAUCGCCCCCAUCGCCAACCUCCGCCCCGAGAACAUCGCCAGCCCGCAGCCUGACUUGCUCCCUGGCGUCCUCGCCCGCUUCUUCGACUCCUUCGUCGAUGCCCCCGGGGACGGCGAGGAUGGGCUGCUAGGGUUCAGCGACCUGGAGGUGCUGGACAACCCGGAGCACCACGCGGAGGCCAUCCGGGUGCUACGCCUCUACAACAAGUCGCAGGCCUUCCUCGACUCCAUCCAGUUCAAGGACUUCACGCUCGCCGACUUCACCCGCCCCACCCCGCGCCGCGUCGUCGAGGUCCUCAGCGCCCUCAUCAACUUCCUCUUCUACAGGGAGGAGAAAGUCACCCUCCUGCAGCCCAUCGUCAGCGAGACCCCCGACUACCACGAGCGCACUCUGGAGCUCAAGGCCAGGAUGACCCAGCUUCAGAAGGAGAUCGCGGAUCAUGAGCUCGCAGAGCAGAUGGAGGAGCCCAUGGCCCAGCAGCUGGAAGCAGACGUCAAUGCUCUGCAGCAGAAAGUUCAGGUUUACAACAAGCAGCAACUGGCCCUGCGAGCAAAGGCCGCAGCCAUCAAUGACAAGAAAGAGGAGAUUCACAGGAAGAUAACCCAGGCUGAUUUUGAGUUGACUAAACAUGCCCAAGAAAACUCCAGAUUGAUGUCCAAAUUAGUAAAGUCCCCAGAAAAAGUUCAGAGGGCCUUGGAAGAGAAGAAAUCAGCCCGUGCUAAGUUGAAAGAGUCUGAGAAAAUAGCAAUGCAAAAUGAUCAAGAGAAAUCUGCCACUUUGGAGAUACGCAAUAAGGCUCAUGAAAAACUGACGAAGCAACACUCUAAAAUCCAGGAUGUACAUGAACAGCUUGUUGCUGCUAAAACAGUUGAAAAGGAAGUUAAAGCUCGCAAAGCGAAGCUUAAUGAUGAAAGUGUAUCAGUUAUGUCAUUUGACGCACAGAUUGUUGAUUGGCAAGGAAAAGUACAUGAAAUGGAGGAGCGUCUCAAGGGGAAAGUGAAAGAAAGGAAUCAAAUAAUAGCAGAUGAAAAUCAGAAGCUGGGCGCUUUGAGCUCCGAGAUUGAGGGUAAACUGCAGUGCCUUGAACCUAGAGAAAAGAAAGUAGAGGCAACGAUCGCUAAGGCUUCAAAUUUGUGUUCGGAAGCUGCUUCAGCAAGGACUGCUGCCACAGCAGAACAGCAGAAAAUUCGUUCAAAAUUCAACAGCAUUGUGAAGGCGUUCAACACCUACAUGGAUAGCGUCGACCCUUUCCUCGAGGGAGUUGAGGAGGUUGGCAGGCAAUCGGCAGGGGAAGGCGCCUCUGCCCCUGAUCCAUCUGCCGCCGUCACAACAAAAACCACACCGAGAGCCAGCGCAAUGAGCAAGAAGAGGGCUAGGAAAAGGACAUGAGCUGUGCUUCUUGCCAGUACUCCCUUCUGUCUUGGUGCAUAGGGCAUGCGUGUAGUUCUAGGGUGAAUUUGACUAACUAAAAAUGUCUUAUAUCUCAUCAAAAGCAUAUCAUUGGAUACAUAUAUGAAUGUAGUUUCUAAAUAUAUAUUUUUGUUACAUAUAAUACAUAUUAGCUAGUUAAAUUGAUGGCCUAGAACUACACACUUGCCCUAUGCACCGGGACGGAGGGAGUACAUAUCUUUGUUUAUGUGUGCAUGAUGCUGUAGUAGUGCCUCUAGCUGUUAUUAAUGUGCUGAAUUAUGUAUGCGCUGGUUGGUUUGGAUCGGUGCCAGUUAUUGAUUGAGGUGACCGAAUGCUACGUGCUGAUGUUAUCUUCAAUGUAAGGCCCUGUUUGGUAA